CAAAACAUAAAGACACAAACAAAUAAACAAACAAACUGGGAGUCCACGGGCAAGUUGCAAUCGCUUUUUUGGUAAAUCCCAUCAAUUAACACUUGCACGGUUGCCUGGUUUCUUUGCCAUGACAACAACGUUUUCUGCAAGGCUUUCCGUAGAAAGAGAGUAGAGCAAACUUAUUGUCCAUUCAUCAUGCGCCCAAUUUCCCUUAUUUUCCCGUCUCUUCCCCUCUCUUCUCUUUUCCCUUCUCUUCUCUCUUUCUCUUCAUCAAUCUCCAUUCUCCAUUUCCAUUUCAAACUUCGAUUCUCAUUCUUUCCCUCAUUUAUUCACAUAUACAUUCAUACCCUUAUUUAUACUCACACUCUCCAUCCAGAUUCAUUCAUACCCACUUCUCAAACGGUCUAGUCCUAAACAUUACUCCCGUG